AUGUCAAUAGAAGACUGCACGACAUUUUGCCGUUCCAUCGGGAUACGAUACGUGGCAAUAUACAGAGACGAUUGCCAUUGUGGAGCCGAUCCUCUUCCGAAGCAUAAAGUAUUUGACUUUCUGUGCGAUCUUGAAUGUCUCUCGAGUGUUCGGAAGCAAUUCUGUGGCGGUCAGCGCUGGGAUAUCGACAUUGAAAAAGGGAGCGCCAUCCCCAGAACAACCAAACGUGUAUAUCUUCAAGAAUAUCGGUUAAAUAACCCGCCUGGCUUUGAUUCCUUUCAAGCGAUCUUCAUUGGCUGUUAUAAAAAUAACCCUUUCAAAAGCGACGCUGUCUCCAUAUCCAAAUUCGAAUACGUCUCCGUCAACAUGUCGGUGGACAUCUGCGUUGGAAUGUGUCAACAUCGUCGACAUAGAUUCUCACUGAUAUCAAUCCCGAAGAACGUGCGACGUGGCAACUUCCGGUGCCACUGCGCCACGGCCUACUUCUUUCAGCGGAGAACGUCAAAUAUCGCCGACUGCAAAACAAAAUGCCCUUCCGACAACCGACAAUUCUGCGGAGGCACAGAACCAGAUGCUUAUCAAUUACAUGCAGCUGUCCCGAUGCGUGGAAGGUUUUCUAAUUACGGAACAUUAUGGGGUUGCUAUUCGUCGUUACCAUCAGGACGGGCUAUCAGAAUCCAGAUCGGGCUAGCCGACACUAACAGAACUGAAACCAAGCAGGUGAAAACGGACUGUUGUCAUCUGGACGAAUGUGUACAGGAAUGUCGGAAGCGUGGCUUUCAAAUCGUUGCUCUUGCUUCCGGCGCAAUCUGCGCAUGCGUCAAGCCCGAUGUAAGCGAACCUUUGAGGAUAGGUGACCGUAUUAGUGAGAGUAAAUGUAAUAUUCCCUGUGGAGACGAAUGUGGGGAUUAUUGUGGCGGCGAAAACGCCUUUCAGGUAUACAUUGCUAAAAUUCCCAAAAGAGUUAUUUACUAA